GCUCCGCUUUGUUUCGCAGUCAACAUCAGGCCGUCCCGCACCGCGGCCGUCUCGCUCUCCCGCCUUUUCUUGAGGAUUUUCCGAGGACCCACAGCCCUUCAGGAUGACGACCCACUUCAGCUACCCGGCCCCCGCGCUGCAAGAGGAGCUGCGCAAGGUGGCCGUCGCCAUGGUCGCGCCCAAGAAGGGCAUCCUCGCCACCGACGACACACUGGAGGGGAUGGGCGACCGCCUCAAGAGCGUGGGCCUCGACAACACCGAAGAAGGGCGCCGCCUCUACCGCCAAAUAAUGUUCUCUGCCGAUCCCAAGAUUGGCGAGUACAUCUCCGCAGUGAUCCUGUCUCGGGAGGCGGUGCACCAGAAGGCAGAUGACGGCUCUUCGUUUGUCGAGCUUCUCCAGAAACGCGGCAUCAUUCCAGGCAUCAACGUGGACAAGGGCUUGGUGCCCCUCAUGGGGUCCGAAGAUGAGGUCACCACACAGGGCUUGGACGACCUGGCACAGCGAUGCGUCCAGUACAAGAAGGAUGGCUGCCGCUUCGCCAAAUGGCGAUCCGUCAUCAGGAUCGGCGGCAACACUCCGUCGCCCCUCGCCAUCCUCGAGAACGCCAACGUCCUGGCACGCUACGCCUCCGUCUGCCAGGCCAACGGCCUCGUCCCCAUCGUGGAACCCGAUAUUGUCCUCGCCGGUGACCACGACAUCGACCGCGCCCAGAAGGUCGCCGAGACCGUGCUGGCCGCCGUGUACAAGGCCCUGCACGACCACCACGUGUUCCUAGAGGGCACCGUCCUCAAGCCGGCCAUGGUGACGGCCGGCCCGGCCUGCCCGCGCCAGAACUCCCCCGAGGAGGUGGCGCGGGCCACGGUGGCCGCGCUCUCGCGCACCGUGCCGGCCGCCGUGCCCGGCGUCGCCUUCCUGUCCGGCGGCCUCUCCGAGGAGGACGCCUCGCGCUUCCUCAACGCCAUCAACAAGGCCCCGGCCAAGAAGCCGUGGAGCCUCACCUUCUGCUUCGGCCGCGCGCUGCAGGCGUCGGCUCUGCGUGCGUGGGGUGGCAAGGCUCAGAACGUGAAUGCCGCUCAGAACGAACUGAUCAAGCGUGCCCAGGCCAACAGCCUCGCUCAACAAGGAAAGUUGUAAGAAACUCGACUUGGAACAAUCCUAAAUGGAUGCAAGACUAUGUUGUUUCCGUGUAAAGAUUAAUUGGUGAAUAAAAGCUCAACACUGUGUAUACACUUCA